AUGAUCACGUUAUUAUCAGCUUUCCCGAGACUAUCUCUGUCAUCUCAUCCACCGCUGCAGAUCUCAAAGGCGUUGAAAAACUCAGGUCGUUGGUGGCCGCAACCAGAAAGUUUUUGGCGACAGUGGUACUCUUCGAGUGCGUCAGAGCCUGAAGCUGGAAUAAACCCGCAGGACGAAAGUUAUUCGCGCUCAUCCGUCAUACACAGUGGGGACGUUUCAGUCCUAUCAGAGAAGGAGUCUGCUGUAGAGGAAACCUUUAAAAAACCUAGUGAUGUAGAACUGCCGCGGGAACAAGCAGCGCCGUUAUAUGCACCCCCUCGAUACACUGGCAAAAAAGUGUACAGUACCGUGCAAGGAGAAAAAAGGGAGUUGCUAGCAGAUUAUGUGCUUUUUGAAGACUCUAUUCAGAAGGCAAAAGUUCCUUGGGUCAGCUACACUCGUUUGGGGAGCAGUGAAAGGACAAUAUACAUGGUUCAUUUGAAAGCAGUAAAGCAGCAUAAGCUAACUUAUAAAGACCCAGAAACUGGUUAUACUGUAAUGGCAAUUUCACAACUGCUUUUGAACGGGAAAUGUUGCGGUAAUGGCUGUAGACAUUGCCCGUACGGACAUGUGAACAUGGAUCCUGUUAAAAGAAAGAAGAUGAAGUUUAAUGGAGCUUUUUACGUGUAUGAGUUAAGCAGGCAUCGUUCCAGACCGCCUUGCCCAGGAAUUCAUCGGCGGACGCGCUUGCUUGUUGUCGACAACUCGGAGAUGGGUAAAGAAGCAAAUAUGAGCGGAAAAUUACCUUAUUGUAUACACGUAUAUAAACAAGGGUAUCGUAAAAAACAUAUGCCGCACGCAACAUUAGGGGAUAAGGUUUUGGUCGCUAUACGUGGUGAAAUGAGAAAAGCCUUCGUAGUUGGAGCAAAUACCCACGUGCACUACAGAAAGCAUGGAAUCCCAUCAACAGAUACAAACAAUAUUGUACUACUGGAUGAGGAUGGUAAUCCUGCAGGGACUCGAAUCCUGGCACCUAUACCGUCGAAACUGCUUUUAAAGCGCGAUCGCAUGCAAAUCUCUAAAGUUUUAGCGCUUGCUACAAAAUUUGUUUGA